ACUCUGUCUAUUAUCUGGCCUAUUCAAGGAAGGGCUAGCAUAGAUGAGAAGUGCUUUCAUUGAAGUAGUCAUCAAUUCCUGAAGUCAGGAACUUGGGAGUUAUGACUUUUCAAUUUUAAAGCAUCAGAAAUUAACCACCAUUCUUCAAGCUUUUACUUUAAUCUGGCCACCAUGUUUCCUCUUUGCAGUCCCUACCAAGUCAUUGUUCUGCUGAUGAUUUCACUCUUAAAUCUGGAUUCCAUUAGAGAAUUUAAGAGGGUAGAUGGAGGAGGUAUAUAUAUUAAUGAUGUGAAUUAAAUGAACUAUAAAUUGAAUUAUCAUGUACUUUUCUGACGGCAUGUCCCAUAUAAAACUAACUUUAUCAUAAAAGUAAGGUGGUAAGAUGAGCUUGGCUCUGAACCUGGGAGCUUGUACUUGAAAAAACCAGCCCAUGUCAGGCUCUGUACUGUAAACUAGCUCAGCCUGAUCCUAGCUGGAUCAGCAAUGGCUAAAACAACAGUAAGUCUGCCUUCCAUGCGCAAUAAAUUAAUAUUAAUAAAAGGAGAAGGAGAAGGAGAUGAAAACGGAGAUUGCAAAGCCAUGCUGAUAAUGCUGUAGUCAAUGUGAUUAGCCCUUCAGAUUAUUCUCCGCACAUAUACGAGUCCCAUGCAAAGAUUCAGUCAUUCAUGUGCUCCAGUAAGAAUUCCAGCCUAAAAAACUGUUUGGUUUUGUGAGUCAACUGAGUCCAGUUUUAGUGAUUUGAACAGACUCACAUGACUGCCAUUAAAAAAAUCAUGAGUUCAAUAGCUACGUAACACUAUUUUUUCAUCAAGUGAAUGCUGCCUUUCUUAGCAAGUUCCAAACACAUCCCUAACCUAAAAUAAAUAUAUUUCUUCAAAUCCCACAAACCAACGCCACCUUCCCAUGCCUCCAAUAAUUAUAACGCGUUUUCCCUCUCUAUUUAAAGUCCAUGUAUGCUAUGCCUUUCUCUUCACAUGCAAACACUUAAUUUGUAGAAAUUAAGUCAAAAUGCAACACCCACCAUUCUUGUUUCUCUUCCUUGCCUUUCUUUCCAUCUUUUCACCUUUGUUAAUCUCCUCUCAAUCUCCACCACCACCACCACCGGUACCACCACCACCACCACCGGUAGCACCACAAUCGCCUUCCGAUGCAUGCAAAUCCACCCUCUAUCCUAAGCUUUGUCGUUCAAUCUUAACAACAUUCCCUUCAUCUUCUUCGAACCCUUAUGAGUACAGCAAGUUUUCAGUCAAACAAUGCCAUAAACAAGCAAAAAGAUUGUCUAAAGUUAUAAACUAUCACUUAACGCACAAAAACCAACGUUCCAAGAUGACCCAUGAAGAGUUUGGUGCUUUACAAGAUUGCCAUGAGCUCAUGGAACUCAACGUGGACUACUUUGAGACCAUAUCUAGUGAGUUGAAAUCAGCCGAGUCAAUGAAUGAUGUGUUGGUCGAGAGAGUCAAGAGUUUGCUCAGUGGGGUAGUGACCAACCAACAAUCUUGCUACGACGGGUUGGUUCAGUCCAAGAGCAGCAUUGCCAGUGCUCUGUCUGUGCCUCUCUCUAAUGGCACUCGAUUGUAUAGUGUGUCUCUAGCCUUGGUCACACAUUCACUGGAGAAGAAUUUGAAGAAGAAGAAGGGAAGAAAAGGGUCUCAUCAUCAUGGAAUCUUGACGAAGGGGGUUCGUGAACCACUGGAAACUCUUAUCAAGGCUUUAAAGAGAACAGCAUCCUGCCAUAAAUCAAGCAAUUGCCACAGGGGAGAACGCAUCCUUUCUGAUGAUUCUGGCGACGGGAUUCUUCUAAAUGAUUCAGUGAUUGUUGGCCCUUAUGGCGCUGACAACUUUACAACCAUUACAGAUGCCAUUGCAUUUGCUCCAAACAGUUCAACACCUGAAGAUGGUUACUUUGUGAUUUUUGUUAGAGAAGGGAUUUAUGAGGAGUAUGUUGUGGUUCCCAAAAAUAAGAAGAACAUAAUGAUGAUUGGAGAAGGGAUUAAUCGGACCAUCAUCACGGGAAACCAUAGUGUAAUGGAUGGCUGGACAACCUUUAAUUCUUCGACUUUUGCUGUUUCUGGGGAGCGAUUUGUGGGAGUAUACAUUACGUUCAGGAACACGGCAGGUCCUCAGAAGCACCAAGCAGUAGCUCUGAGGAACAAUGCUGAUCUCUCCACUUUUUACCGGUGCAGCUUUGAAGGCUAUCAGGAUACUCUUUAUGUGCAUUCCUUGAGGCAAUUCUACAGGGAAUGUGAUAUAUAUGGAACUGUAGAUUUCAUUUUCGGAAAUGCUGCUGCUGUCUUUCAGAACUGCAAUUUAUAUGCUCGUAAGCCAAUGCUUAACCAGAAGAAUGCCUUCACUGCGCAAGGUCGUACUGAUCCAAACCAAAAUACUGGGAUCUCCAUUCAAAAUUGCACAAUUGAGGCUGCACCUGAUUUGGCUAUGGACAAGAACUCGACAGGCAGUAACUCCACUUCGAACUUUUUGGGGCGACCUUGGAAGGUGUACUCUAGAACUGUGAUCAUGCAAUCGUAUAUCGGAGAGCUGAUUCAGCCAGCUGGAUGGCUAGAAUGGAAUGGAACUGUUGGAUUAGACACUAUUUACUAUGGUGAGUUUCAGAAUUAUGGGCCUGGUUCAAACACUAGCAGGAGAGUGAAAUGGCCUGGUUAUAAUCUUAUGAAUGCUACGCAAGCUGCGAAUUUUACUGUCUACAAUUUAACAACGGGGGAUACUUGGUUGCCUUACACUGACAUACCCUUCUCUGGAGGACUACUUUGAUUACAAAUAGGGACCUUAUUGCUUCACAAUAUUUUUCAUUCUUCUCAAGUCGACACUUCCUGGAUUUCUUGUACUUCAGUAACAAGACAGAUUGUAAGGACUGUCAGAUCAAAUUAAUAAAAUACAUGGUAUUUAGCAGUAA